CUCAAGCCCCGCCCCCGGACGCGCGGAGUGCAGCGAAAGUUGCCGAAGUGGCGCGGCGGGAUGGACGCGCUGCGCUCUGCGGGACGCGCUUUGCUGCGCAGCCCCAGCGUCACCAAACCGCCCUGGGCCGGCGGCCGCCACCAGAAGCUCCCGGAGAACUGGACCGACACCCGAGAGACGCUGCUGGAAGGGGUGCUGUUCAGCCUCAAGUACCUGGGCAUGACGUUGGUGGAGCAGCCGAAGGGUGAGGAGCUCUCAGCAGCUGCUGUCAAAAGGAUUGUUGCCACUGCAAAAGCAAGUGGAAAGAAACUGCAGAAAGUUACACUGAAAGUCUCGCCCAGAGGGAUCGUGCUAAAUGACAGUGGAACUAACGAGCUGAUUGAGAACGUCUCCAUAUACAGGAUAUCCUACUGCACGGCAGACAAGAUCCACGAUAAAGUGUUUGCCUACAUUGCCCAGAACCAGCUCAAUGAGAACCUGGAGUGCCAUGCCUUCCUUUGUACCAAACGGAAAAUGGCCCAGGCAGUCACCCUCACUGUAGCUCAGGCAUUCAAAAUAGCAUUUGAGUUCUGGCAAGCCUCCAAGGAAGAGAAGGAGAAACGAGAAAGAUCCAUCCUGGAAGGAGAAGGGGUGAGCAGCUCAAACCCAGCUGCCCCUGCUUGCUCUGAUGCAUCUGCACCCACAGGGAACUUGCUGGAUUUAGAAGAUCCUGCCAAAUUGCUCCUUACCAGCAGCGAAAACCCCACACAUUUAGAUAACAGCAUGUUUGGGCCCAGCUCCUCUGUAAAUAACAACGUGGUGUGGGAAAUGGAUGAUGAUCUCGACGAGGCAUUUUCAAGACUGGCUCAGUCAAGAACAAACCCUUACGUUCUCGACACAGGACUGACGGCUCAAGACAUCCAGAGUGCAGAAAUGCUCUCAUCUGUAGAUUGGAAUAAAAUAGAUUCAAGUACAGGCGAGAAAGAUGACCUGUUCAUGUUUUGAAGUCAAAUCCAUCUGACAGCUGACAAUGGAAUAACCACUACAAGUCUGUGGACUGACUAAAUCGUGCUCUUCCAGGUGCUGUAUACAAGGGAUUCUUCUGAGGGGUCUUCACCAAGUCAGAUGAAGUUACAGCACAGCUUAGACCAAAGUUUUAGAAAUCUAACGUGGAUUGUUUUUUUACCUUGCUUUUAUCUAAACCAUGAGAUGCUCCUGAAGAUAUUUAUUCCUAGCUGUUACAGUUUACAUAUAUUACUGAAAGGUGUGUAGAGCAUCUGCAGUAUCAGGUGGCAAUAUGCCAUCAGUAGUGCCUGUUCCUCCCUGACAAAUACUAUGCAACACCAAAGUUCCUGUGUAUACACAUUUCUAGACAAAGGUCCGCAGAUGGAAAUGCAGUUGAAAGCACAACUGUUAGUAAACCACUGAUUCUUGAACAACACGACACCUGCCCAGCUGAGGGGAGGAGAGUUGCAGCAGCUGCUAGCAGUGCUGAAAGAGGUAGCAGAGAUCUUGCUUUUGUUAUGAAUGUCAUCCUCUCAGUUGUCAAUCACCCAGACGUGUUCUGGCUUUUUCUUUGCCAGCUUCUUAGGUGAAUUGACACUUCUUAUCCAAAGACUGUUUAAGUUUUGCACUUUAAGACUUGAGCUGAAAGUAAUGGUCCAAAAUAGCAAAGUAGGCAGUGCCUGUAACUUCUCUUCAGAAGCCCUUUACCUCCCCACCCCCCAAAAAGAAACCAACAGUGCUGCAGCUGUUUCAAAACUGAUUGCUCACACGUAUUGUUUCUGUUAUGACUUGAAAUACUAAGGCUCAGUUGCAUGGUUGGUUUAAAAGCAAAAAACAGCAGGCAGUAAUAAUCUGUUUUCCGAAAGUGCGUUGGAAGUUGCAGGUUGUGUAGCACAAUAGAUUUGUGUUCUUAGCUCUGCUAAGUGGAUUGGGCUGUGCAUGCCUUUUUACAGUCUCAGGAACGUUUGGCAGUUGCCUGCUCAAUAGACUCAAAGGGAAUUGGAUUAGGAAGACCAAUACCUGUAUGUUUAAUGAGCAGAAGGUGCCCCUGUCAGUGCUGCUCCAGUCCUUUUCCCCUGACAGCUGCAUCUCCCGUGAGGCUGGGAAGCUGUCUUCAUCUGCUCCUGGCAUUCAAACAAAGUAAUGGAGGUAUAAAGCUUAUGCCAAUUAAAAGAUUAAGUUUAAUGAUCCUAAAUAGUCGUACUGACAGUUUGCAGUGUUUGUGGCCUUCUGUGAAGUAUAUUUAGCUGUUUUAUAGAUUUGUAACUCGGAACUUUGUUUUGAAACACUAAUUCAUUCCCCAGACAGCUCUUUGUAACUCCUAAGGCUGCUUGCAAACAAACAAACAAAAAUCUUGGUCAGCUCUAAGAACUUCUUAGGAAACAGCUAAGUGACACUAACUUAGGUUUGAUUAUUUGCCACUUACCAUGAUAAGGUAUUGAUGACUUGUGAAGCCAACUCAUCCCGUCUGUUCAUGAUUUUGCAGGAUAAACAGGGAACACGUUCUGUGUUCAGAGCAGUCCUCAAAUGCUGCGCCCGUAUUGAUGCCAUGUGCAGCAUUAGGCUCUUGUGCUUGAAGUUUGCAGAGGGGCCUGGGCCCAUUGCAGGAGCAGUGCUAAAAGAACAGAAGUGGGGGCAGGAAACACCUUGUGCUGAGUUCUGGGAGCACUCAUCUCCCUAAGAAAUCGUAUUGCAGGAAUGGACUGUGAGGCUUUCUCUGUACAAUGAUGUUCUUUUCUUUUCUAGAGGUUUGAGGAGCAUAUGCUGAUAUACACAAUGCUAUAUAUGUAUGUAGAUAUUUUUUAAGAAAAAAAAAGAAUGUAUGGAGAAAAAUAAAAGUUCUACUUUUUUUCUUUUUUUUUUUUUUUUUUUUUUUUUUUUAGUGUUUGUGCUGGUUUGACUUUUUACCACAGCUUUUUUCAUGUGUAGAAAACUUUGUAUUCCUGUCUGGUUGGGUUUUCUUUCUCGCUGGGUGCACAGCAGUAAGGAACUGGAAACAAGUGGACAGGAGGAGGUUGUUUGCAGGGCCAUCUGUGCAGAGAAACGAUGUCAGUGGUUCCACAUAAAGCAGCAUGUUUUGCUGCUGGAUGAGGCUGCUCUUCCCCUUUGAAAUGAGCUCUGGGUGAUCCCGUCCACUUGGGGCUCUCAGCCACUCUGCAAGCUGCACAUCUCCCACUCUGUGCUUCUGGGGUUGUUUCUCUUUCCAGCCAUUGCUGUCAGGAGUUUCAUCCCCAGCAAAAACUCCAGUCUCAAGCAGUGUGAAAGGAAAGCAUCCCAGGAUGAAGUUUUAUCACUGCCUGCAAGCACAGAAAUGCCCUCUCCCUGCAAAUCACAGGGGCAGCUUCUGGCGUGGCUGUUAAUAAUCCUAUUGCUGGUCAUGCCACUCCAGGCCCUUUUUGGUUUUUUAUGCAGGCAUGCUUUGCAGGAGCCAUUUGACUUGCACCAUUGUCUUUCCAUAUUCCUAACAGCCUCACCAGCCCCCCAACUUGCUUCUUCUCAGGUCUUGCCUCAAACAAAACCCUCUUUCUGUUUAACAGCGUGAAUUUUAAUGUGACAUUUCAGCAGCAGGCCUGUCACUCGGCUGCUGCCUGCACUGCAUGCUCAUAGUGUGAGCCCCAGUCAGAGCAGUGCACGAAAAGAAGUGUAAAAGCAUUAAACCUCAGAUGUGGCAAAUUUAUCACUUCUGUGUACUGUCACAGCACGAGCAUAAAACUUGACAGUAAAAAAUAAAACAAUUUUGUCGCUGGCGUUUUUUAUUA